ACGUAUCGUGGAUAUGAAACGCGUCAGGAUUUUGCUGAAAUAAAACCUCUGAUAUUAUAUGAGUGGACUCACGGAGUGCUUGCCUAUUUUUUAUCACAGCUCACCUUAGCUACGGGUUUGGGCGAUGCACCCGGGCCACUCGUCUGAUUUGGUGAGUGCUUUUCCCUUUGAAUUAGAACCUUACCUGUUUAAAGCGAUGCAAACCAAGAAACGCUGGACCUGGGGUCUGUGGACACCCGGGUCAUCGGAGGAUAAGGGUGAGAAUAUACGCUUCUUUCAUGAAGCAAUUAUCGCUAAAUUACAAUUGUAGCAAGACAUGAGAAUAUUACAUUUAUAGCGACCUUUUGUCAAUAUAUAUACGAAACAGAGUUGAACCAUAUUGCAUACAAAUAUGGUUCACUCUUUAAAGAAGGGGAAAGGAGUCAUGGGUAACAGAUUCACCAGUAGUUUCUGGGGUCCGUAACGACAGUGGGAUGCUAGAACUUGUAGAGAACCAGCAUUUGGAGAACUUUAGUAGCACAUGCCUGUAUUUGGCCUGUAAGGAGCAGUAGAUCAAGGCAUUACUGCAGUAUUUUGCCACAUGGAUAUAACUGACUGCCAGAACUGAUACAGGAACAGCUGUUGAAAAGGUCAGCACCAGCCCUUAAGAUGAUCAUACAUGACUGGCUUUAGUCAAUCCUGGCCAAACUUGUACCAGGUUGGGGGCCAUUUCAACAGGUCAUCCUUCAUUGCAGUUGCAAAUGCACCUGUCGACAUAUAUCAGGAACUAAAACCAAACUACAUAUUUUCUUCAUGUCCUGCCGCGCUGGAUGGUUGUUCUGGCCUAAACUUGCAAAACAAUAAAUAGGAACUAUACACAUUGCAUAUAGCCACUUGUAUGAAUUCUGCUUCUAUGGAUGCAGAAGAGCAAUGACCGGUGUAUCCCUUCCCCCCAUAUUUUAAUCUAAAUUGCUCCAAAUACUACACAGUAUCCCAAAUACAAAUCCAUAUAUUUUUUUUCUCAUUUCAGAUUUAAAGCAACUAAUACAACAUAGCUGUAUUGCAUGUAGUUGGCAACAUGAAAUAUGCAAACCAUGAAUCAAUGGAGUACACAGACCUUGAAUGAAAGGGAUAAGUAAACCUUGAACUGAAUAUGCCUCUAAAUGGAUUUAAAAAGGCAGGGUGACAAAAACUCACCAGUUGAAAUGGAUUCUGGCUUCUGACGCUUAUUUUUGUGCAAACUUUACUUGUAAAUAGACAAAAACUUCAGAGGAUGAAUUUCUCAAAAUGGAAUUUUUUAAUGACCAUUUUUGGGAUUUUUACUCUCGUUUCUGACUUCGGAGUUGACCUUUGGAUUGCAGUGAAAUAUUUUCAGCAAGGACUUCAUGUUUGCAGUUUGUUAACAAUUUUUUUUAUCAUCAUUUCCAAUGUCAUAAUAAAUGUUUUUAGUUAUGCCUGGUUUAAGGAUGACUGUUCUGAAGGAAACACCAGGAAACUGAGAUGGGUUUGUUUUAUCCAUGUGUUAAUGGCCGGGACCUUUCUAAGGUACUGGUAUGCUGUAAAGUGUGGAUAUCGAGCAGCAAUGUCGCCCCAUUCUGAAGAGGAUGUCACGAAGACCAAUAAGAAAGCAGUGGAUGCUAUGACGGACCUCAGUAUGCUGAGAUGCUUUAAGACAUUCCUAGAGAGCACACCUCAGCUUAUACUUCAGAUUUACAUCCUGAUGGAGCAUGGGCAGAUUACUUUACUUCAAUAUGCAUCCAUCAUUAUCUCAGUGUCCAGCAUCUCAUGGUCCACCGUUGACUACCACAUGUCAUUAAGGAGCUCUCUUGAACAUAAAAAAGAAAUCAGUUUUGGGUUUCCUGCCUUCACUUAUGUGCUGUACAAACUACUCACACUAACAUCAUGGAUAUUAAGCCUUGUCUUUCUCCUGGCUUGCAAUGUGUAUAUCUUCGCUGCAUUUCUCAGCAUUUUGUGGAUUUUGGGCCUGUGCUGGGCAUGGAAACAGAACACAGAGUUUUGCACCAAAAUGCGUUUGGAAAUCUUAUACAGAAUUGUUGUAGCAGUUAUUCUUGUUUUCACUUUCUUCAAUGUUAAAGGACAAAGGACUAGAAUCCCAAUAUCAGUUUAUUACACUUUCCGAGUUCUAGCAACCAUAGGCAUUCUGAUCUUGUGCUUCUUCGUCAAGGAUUCCCUUAAUCAUAACUUAAUUACUAUUUUCAGCAUUGCUUUGGUUCUUGCACUGGGGCUGGGAAUAAUGUCUCUUAUCCUUUACUAUUUUCUUUUCCAUCCAACCCUUCACUCCAAAGAUCAGAAUCAAGAUGCAGUAGAUGGCCAUGUAGAAAGAAUUAGGAGUCAUUACUUUCUGAAUCAGUAAUGUUUUUGCAUUUAUUUAUUUUUGAAGAAUUUCAUAUUUGUUUACAGGCAUAACUUCACAAUAGCAGCCUUGUGAAACACCAAAGCUGACUGUAUAUAUUGUGUAACUGUUAUUAUUUAAAAGGCUACUGACAUUUAGCAUUUUAAAUGUGUACAGGUGAUUAUAGGGUGCGGGUUUGUGCAAUGGACAUGUUCAUUUAUAAAGAAAAAACUUGGACCAUAGAGCAUCGAUACCUACCUUCUACUCUUAUUGCCCUUGAGUGUGACCUCAUUCACAUAUACAUCCCAUGGCUUGCAGAACUGAAUGGUCCUCAUCCACAUAUUACAAUUGUGAGCAGGGAAAUAUAAAGACUAAUGCUGUAGAUAGGUGCAUUGCUUCAUUGCCACAAAUGAGGCAGGACUAACCAGCACAUAAAAGAGUUCAGAAAGGAAGCCUUCACAUUUUGCAGGCUGAGACCCCUUUGAAACAAGACUCUAUAUACGUCAAUCUAGACCUGUGGUCAUUCUAUUUUUGAUAUUGUCAGGCUUUGGGAUUCACUCCUUUUGUGGUUUUGUUAGAAACCACUAAUCUUGUUGCUUUAAAGAUACUUCAAAGUCACUUUGUAAGACUGCUUUUGGCUUUGUACAGAUGAGCCCCAAAAAAUACACUGAUAUGUCUUAGUCAGUGAGUGGAAGCCUUCCAGCCUUAUGUCCCCUUAAUAUGACACACGGGAGCAAAUUCACUAAGAUUCGUAGU